AUGGAUGCCUUAAGACGGAAAUACAAUUAUGUAAUUCAUGAUUUAGCUGAUCCUAGAACGCAAGACUGGUGGGGAGUAUCAAAUCCUUUAGUCGUCUUCUCUAUUGCGUCAGCAUAUCUCUAUUUCUGCAAAUCGCUGGGCCCAAGAUUAAUGGAAAACCGGAAACCAUUCCAACUAAAAACUGUUCUUUUACUGUACAAUAUAUUUCAAGUAGGCUUUAGUUUAUUUCUAGCGAAGGAGGCAUUAAUAUCUAUGACUCACAAAGAUUUCAACCUCGCUUGUGAACCCAUAGACUUUUCAACUACACCAAAAGCACUACAGUUCGCAACAACAGUAUGGUUUUAUUACAUUGCAAAAUUUACGGAGCUUAUGGACACUAUCUUUUUUGUACUAAGAAAGAAAUACAAUCAAGUGUCUUUCCUUCACGUCUACCAUCACACUAUUAUGACUUUUGGAUGUUGGUUAACAAUCAAAUAUUAUCCAGGAGGACACCUUAUUCUAAUGGGAUUUUUGAAUGCCAUAGUCCACGUCGUCAUGUAUACUUAUUACUUGAUUUCUAGUUUUGGACCAGAAUAUCAGAAAUAUGUGUGGUGGAAAAGAUACCUUACAGAAAUGCAACUGAUACAAUUUGCUAUCGUUUUCGUCCAUCAUUGUGUCGCUUUAUUCUCCGACUGUGAGUUUUCGAAGACUGCGAACAUUUUAUUCUGUUUAAAUGCUGUUGUUUUCAUGUACAUGUUUGGAAGAUUUUACCUCAAAAGUUAUAAGAAGAAGAGUAAAGCAUAA